ACCCGGUAAUGAACGACCUGCCGGGGUGGACGGGUCGGGGUCACCGGGCUCCAACAUGGCGUGGAGGAGCUGCUCCGUCCUGCUCAGACUGACCGGAGAAGAUGUUUUACGGAGCUCCGUGAGGGCCGGCAGGUGGCCUCACAGCCUCCAGCACAGAUGUGGCUUCAGAAAAGCUGCCAGAAAACCAGAACCCAGGAAGGUGGAGGAGGACCUGCCCCCCCCACACACAGAGUCCUCCGAGGUCCCGGUCCAACGCCGGACCUCACCCUCCUCCCCCUCCCCCUCCACCCACAGGGCCCAGCAGGCUCCGCCCAGCCCCCCCCGCGCCUUCAGUCGCCUCUUCAGACCGCUGGUGUUCACUGUGGGGUUUACAGGCUGCUCCUUCGGCUCGGCGGCCAUCUGGCAGUACGAGUCCGUCAAGUCCCAGGUGAGGAACUUCUUCAACGACAUCAGAGCCGACUGGAUGGAGAAGAUGCACCCGCCCAAACGAGGAGACGUCCGCAGACAGCUCAACCAAUGGUGGAGCAGCCUGAGCGAGGGUCAGAGGACGAUCACAGGGAUCAUUGCUGCUAACGCCGUAGUGUUCUGCUGUUGGAGGAUACCGUCUCUGCAGCGCACCAUGCUCAGAUACUUCACCUCCAACCCGACCUCCAAGACUCUCUGCUCUCCAAUGCUUCUCUCCACCUUCAGCCACUUCUCUUUCUUCCACAUGGCCGCCAACAUGUACGUCCUCUGGAGCUUCUCCACCAGCGCCGUCUCCAUGCUGGGCAGAGAGCAGUUCCUGGCCGUCUACCUGUCUGCAGGUGUCAUCUCUACGUUCGUCAGUUAUGUGAGUAAGAUGGUCACAGGGAGGUUCGGUCCGUCUCUGGGAGCGUCUGGAGCCAUCAUGACCAUCUUGGCCGCCGUUUGCACCAAAAUGCCCGACGCCAAACUGGCCAUCAUCUUCCUCCCUAUGUUCACCUUCACCGCCGCCAACGGCGCUGAAGGCCAUCAUCGCCAAUGGAUACGGCCGGUCUGGUUCUGGGCUGGACGUUUUUCGACCCACUCGGCCGCUCAUUUAGGAGGAGCCAUGUUUGGAAUCUGGUACGUCCUGUUCGGUCACGAGUUGAUCUGGAAGAACCGAGAACCUUUCGUCAAACUGGUGGCACGACUGGAGGACUCGAGGAGGACCAGGAGAGGAGGAGACCGAGGAGGAUCCAUAGAAGUCAUCACAGCUGGGACUGAAACGCUGGUUCGGCCUUUCCCAGAGUUCAUCGACCCUGAACAGACCUCACAGGACCAGGUCAGGUUCACACUGAGACUGUUCCACAUCACAGAAACCAGCAGGACCAACGGCAGGAGACCAGGACCGACUCCAGAGACCGAAAACCCAGGACAAAACCUCAUCCAGCUCCUGAUCUGA